AUGUGGAAAUUGAACAGUUAGCAAGAAGUAUAGCUGGGUUACCAAUAUUUGCCUUUUCUGUAUUCCACUAGAAUUUCUAGUGAUCAUCAUGAUUCAUGGUCAAAGCCUGUCACACAUCCCAAGCAUCCUGCCAUUGACUUAUUCUCUCAUCAGCACAUAUGGCGUCUCGGAAGAAGGUGCUACUUAAGGUCAUAAUCCUUGGAGACUCAGGGUGAGUUGAAAACUUGCAUUUUGAAACCUGUUCAUUCCAAAUUAUCCUUCCCACAGAUCAGUCUUACUUACUUCAUGUACACUGGGUUUCCCCCAUUUGUUGGUUAAUGUGCCUAAAGAUGAUUUGACCUAAUUUUGUCCCUGCAUAUGUUUGCUCAUCAGUCUCCUCUCUAUCUCCACACUGACAGAGUUGGAAAGACCUCUCUCAUGAAGCAAUAUGUGAAUAAGAAGUUCAGCAAUCAGUAUAAGGCCACAAUCGGUGCUGACUUUCUUACAAAAUAAGUGAUGGUGGAUGACAGGCUGGUGACAAUGCAGGUAAUGGACUCAGCCUAUCUCUAUCCUUGACCAUGCAUAUUUUCUAACAUAUACAGUGGGGGGGGAAAGUAUUUAGUCAGCCACCAAUUGUGCAAGUUCUCCCACUUAAAAAGAUGAGAGAGGCCUGUAAUUUUCAUCAUAGGUACACAUCAACUACAGUGGGGAAAAAAAGUAUUUAGUCAGCCACCAAUUGUGCAAGUUCUCCCACUUAAAAAGAUGAGAGAGGCCUGUAAUUUUCAUCAUAGGUACACGUCAACUAUGACAGACAAAUUGAGAGAAAAAAAUCCAGAAAAUCACAUUGUAGGAUUUUUAAUGAAUUUAUUUGCAAAUUAUGGUGGAAAAUAAGUAUUUGGUCACCUACAAACAAGCAAGAUUUCUGGCUCUCACAGACCUGUAACUUCUUCUUUAAGAGGCUCCUCUGUCCUCCACUCGUUACCUGUAUUAAUGGCACCUGUUUGAAGUUGUUAUCAGUAUAAAAGACACCUGUCCACAACCUCAAACAGUCACACUCCAAACUCCACUAUGGCCAAGACCAAAGAGCUGUCAAAGGACACCAGAAACAAAAUUGUAGACCUGCACCAGGCUGGGAAGACUGAAUCUGCAAUAGGUAAGCAGCUUGGUUUGAAGAAAUCAACUGUGGGAGCAAUUAUUAGGAAAUGGAAGACAUACAAGACCACUGAUAAUCUCCCUCGAUCUGGGGCUCCACGCAAGAUCUCACCCCGUGGGGUCAAAAUGAUUACAAGAACGGUGAGCAAAAAUCCCAGAACCACACGGGGGGACCUAGUGAAUGACCUGCAGAGAGCUGGGACCAAAGUAACAAAGCCUACCAUCAGUAACACACUACGCCGCCAGGGACUCAAAUCCUGCAGUGCCAGACGUGUCCCCCUGCUUAAGCCAGUACAUGUCCAGGCCCGUCUGAAGUUUGCUAGAGUGCAUUUGGAUGAUCCAGAAGAGGAUUGGGAGAAUGUCAUAUGGUCAGAUGAAACCAAAAUAUAACUUUUUGGUAAAAACUCAACUCGUUGUGUUUGGAGGACAAAGAAUGCUGAGUUGCAUCCAAAGAACACCAUACCUACUGUGAAGCAUGGGGGUGGAAACAUCAUGCUUUGGGGCUGUUUUUCUGCAAAGGGACCAGGACGACUGAUCCGUGUAAAGGAAAGAAUGAAUGGGGCCAUGUAUUGUGAGAUUUUGAGUGAAAACCUCCUUCCAUCAGCAAGGGCAUUGAAGAUGAAACAUGGCUGGGUCUUUCAGCAUGACAAUGAUCCCAAACACACCGCCCGGGCAACGAAGGAGUGGCUUCGUAAGAUGCAUUUCAAGGUCCUGGAGUGGCCUAGCCAGUCUCCAGAUCUCAACCCCAUAGAAAAUCUUUGGAGGGAGUUGAAAGUUUGUGUUGCCCAGCGACAGCCCCAAAACAUCACUGCUCUAGAGGAGAUCUGCAUGGAGGAAUGGGCCAAAAUACCAGCAACAGUGUGUGAAAACCUUGUGAAGACUUACAGAAAACGUGUGACCUGUGUCAUUGCCAACAAAGGGUAUAUAACAAAGUAUUGAGAAACUUUUGUUAUUGACCAAAUACUUAUUUUCCACCAUAAUUUGCAAAUAAAUUCAUAAAAAAUCCUACAAUGUGAUUUUUCUGGAUUUUUUUUCCUCAUUUUGUCUGUCAUAGUUGACGUGUACCUAUGAUGAAAAUUACAGGCCUCUCUCAUCUUUUUAAGUGGGAGAAAUUGCACAAUUGGUGGCUGACUAAAUACUUUUUUCCCCCACUGUAUGUAUAGUAUAUCAACGUCCUAAUCAGUGGCGAUUUUAGCAUAUAAAUCUUAAUGGUGCAAACACAAGCAAUUUGUUUUACAACACAACACUAAACAAUACAUUAAAUGCACUAUAACGGUGACAAACGGUGCCCAAAAAAGCUUUCCUUUCAGCACCAUAGAGUGAAUCCUUACCACUGCUACACCUGGCUAUCAUUCAGCCUCAUUUACUGACUUUUUAAAAACCUUAGCUGAUAUUGCUGACUUGCUUAAACAAAUAUGGUUUCUACUGACUCCUUGUAGAUUUGUGUAACUCGAAUAAGAACCGCCUUUUCCUUCUAUAAUAAUAACGAAUGGUGACUUAAGUUUUGAACCAUACAAACAUUAUUACAUUUAUGUUCAAUAAAUGUGUUCUUAUAUCAUUAACACUUAGAGCUAAGUAUAAGCAAGUGCAAGCAAACGAGCUGCGAUGAGGUAGGCCUAUUUGUUCAGCUCUUUCUAAAUGGACAGCGACACAUUGAUAGAUUUUAGUUCAGAUAAAUUUAGCAAGAUGUUGAGGCCUUAACUUUACUUUUUUUUUUUAAGUCACCACACAGAGAGAGACGGACUCAGCGGUUAGCCUACCAUUUGAAAUAUUUUAUUAUGUGGUCUAAAAAGGAAGGAAAAUAGAAUCACAAGGAUCCACUUUUAUAGACAAUAUGCCGACGCACACAGUGCAUUGUGCAAACAAAACAACCCUCGCAAUAUCAACUGGAAUUACAUGGGUCUAUUACUGAACCUUUUGUUGAAAAAAAUAUAUUGGAAUGGGAAGAGACUGUCAAACAUGGUUACAGACCCAACAACAUUAAAUAGUAUCCCCUCCCUGUGAAUAAAAGCACAUUAGCUAAUUAUAAUGCACAAAGUAAGCAAAACAAUUAAAUGCACCAUUCUAACAUUGCCUAAAAUGAUGAAUGAGAUACUAAUGAGAUGGACCUAUAUAAGGUCCUUCUUGUGGGCAAACUUGUGCAAUUGCCACACUUUAAUGUGUGCUAUAUUUUUGGCAAGCAGGUACCUAUUCUCCUCUGUUUAUUGGUUGUGAAGGUCAGGGCUUGUCUAUAUGGGGUGUCUAGCUGAGCCACAAUGUUUGAUUUCCCCAGUAAUCCGAGUUUAAAGGUCCUGAACAGUCAUUCUGAAAAUUACUUUUUCUCUCAUGGCUAACUACCAGGAAGAUUGAAAAGACCGGCUGUGGCCAGGAAGCUUAUAUUAACGAGCUCGACUUGACUGACGGUUCUUUCAAACGCCUAUGUCAAGCAACUUGGAUGCACUCAAAGAAAGAGACCAAGUUUGUAUGCUGCUGUAUUAACUCAACCAUGAGACAUCCAUGUCUUCAUCACUGGAAACGAUAAAUAGUUGAGUUUGAUAUCAUUAACAAAUAGGGUUGUCAAACUAUUAAAACAUUUCUUGAAUAAAAAGUUUUAAAGUAAUUAAAUAGUUUUACCUUUAACGUCAAUUAUCUAAAAACGCGUAAACGCCUCCCCAAAUAUUUUGCAUAUGUUGUAGCUUAGACCCUAUUUACAUCAUCUGAGGUGUUUGUGUUGUGCCCGUCAUCAGUUGAGACAGCAUACUCUUGAAUACAGUGUGGGUCUCAUUUCAAUCAUAGAAAUAUAAUUAAUAGAAUGUACAUAUCCCUUCAGACCACUGCAAUUUAGCUGGUACAUCAUUAAAAUGUUCACUUCCAAUUACUACCACAGAGAUGGCCGCCGGUCAACCCACAGUUGAACGUCAACUUAAAUGGGAAUGUAUAUUAAAUUAUCUAUAUUUCUAUUAUUUCAAAAGGGUUCCUAUGGAAGAUUGACCGUAUAAUUUAAAACUACUAAAAUUCCCAUUCGUCAACAUUUUCUGAUGUGUGGACCUCCAACCAUCUUUGUGGUACAUUUAUCAGCCAAAACAUGACACCCACCCUCUAUUCAAGAGCAACACCUCAGAUUAUGUAAAAUAGGUUUAAGCUAAAAUACAUGCAAAAAUGAUAGUUUACACAUUUUUAGAUAAUUGACCAUUUCUAUUAAACAAUUUUAAAAGAAAUUAUAGAUUAGUUUGACAACCCUGUUUUGUAAGCUUUGAAAUGAUAUCAAACACAACCGUUUAUCUUUUCCAGAAUUGAAGGAAUGGAUGUCUCAUGGAGUGGGGUCUCCAAAAUGGGUCAACUUUGAGUACAUCUGUCUCCUAAAUGUUUUGGCAUUCAGGUCCAAAAAGUUACUUUCUGACCUCUUCUACCAUGUAGUGUAUGGAAAGUUUCAUUCAAAUCAAAGGGGUGCGGUUAAAAUGUGAUUGAAAUCAAAUGGAACAACCCUACAACAAAACAUUUUAGACUGUGUUAACACAGGCAGCCCAAUUCUGAUCCAUUUGCCCAAUUAUUGCCAAAAGAUCUGAUCUGAUUGGUCCAACGACCGAUAAUUGGGAAAAAGAUUAGAAUUGGACUAUUUGUGUAAACGCAGCCUAAGUCAAUCCUUUCUCUAUUAUGUAACAUGGUCCCUUUGGUUGUCUUGAGGUGCAUGUAGUGGUGAGUUCAGUUGUUGUGAAUUUCAUCAUUUUUUACUAGCUCUGGGACACUGCAGGGCAGGAGAGAUUCCAGUCGUUGGGCGUUGCUUUCUAUCGAGGUGCAGACUGUUGUGUCCUUGUGUAUGAUGUUACCGCUCCCAAACACCUUCAAGACUCUUGAAAGAUGGCGAGACGAGUUCCUGAUUCAAGCCAGCCCUUGUGACCCAGAGAACUUCCCUUCGUUGUGCUCGGCAACAAGAUUGACUUGGAGAACAGGCAGGUCUGUGCAUAUGCCCAGAUGUGUGAAUUAUGUGAAGUUGUGCCAUGCUGCAUAGUUACCUCAAAGUUUUUGGUUUGCUGUGUAAAAUGUAAUUUGUAAAUAUAAAUAUUAUAUUACUGACCAGGUGACGACCAAGCGAGCCCAGGCGUGGUGUACAAGUAAAAGCAGUAUACCAUAUUUCGAGACAAGUGCGAAGGAGGCCAUUUAAUGUUGAUCAAGCCUUCCAGACUAUUUGCCGAAAUGCUCUCAAACAGGUAGGCUUAUGCUGAUUGAAUUUAGAUAAUGUUAAACUAAUGACACAACUUUCACACUCAAAGAACAAUUGAUUGAUACAGAUACAAACAUGCAUUCACAGACAAAGCUUUUUUUUCAUUUCUAGGAAUCAGAAGUAAAGACUUCUGAUUUCCCAGAUCAGACUGAGGGAUGACACACCAGCCUCCUCCAGUGAUGGCUGCAGCUGCUGAGGAAGGAAAAAUGAUGAAUCCACAUUUAUGUUUGAUUGAAGGGGGGGAGACUACAAGAAUGUACAUUCCUACCGUUUUAUGUCUUCCCAUACGAGAGAUCUCAUAUGAAAAAUGCAAAUCUCCCCGUUUUUCUCUUUGAAGUCGUUUUUCUCCGUGACACAAACUGAACAUCAGUUACAUCAAUUUCAGUCUUUUCACCAAGACAACUGGCUUUGUACUUGUCAAACAUUUGUUUUUGAUACUCAUCAGUCAUGCCAUAACAUACAUUUUCUCAGGGAGACAUCCAAUGCAGAUUCUCCCUUGUCAACAUGCCUUCCAUUUUGGUUGUGUUCACGGUGUUUGUCAUGGCAGUCAUAACUACUAUUCUUCCCCUUUUUAAAGAACUUGGUGUCACAU